AUGGCUGAUAGGUUAUUGCACGGAGGCGCAUGCCUUCGCAGAGCUCUACAGCUCGUAUCGCGGCAGAGACCGGAAAUUCGACCUGCUUCUGCCCUUCAAGCCCGUUCGUUUCAACACUCGCAGCGAAUGUUCAACUCUACAACGACACCAACUACCGAGGCGACGACUGCAGCUGAAGACGCAAGCUCUAUAGCUGAUGCUAUCAAGAAAGAUGCUCCGAAAAGCCUCGAGGCACCAGCUGACGAAGCCAUAUGGAAAAAGAAGGAAGCCCUUAAAAUGGAACGAGCAGUUAACAAGGAGUUACAAUAUCUGAACAACGAUCCUUGGAAAGUUGCAGAAUAUGUCAGAAAAGCACUUGCAGCAAAGAAAUUCGAGGAAGCCCAUCUCUUGGUUCAGAAAGGCAGUAAAGAUAUGCAAUUGGUUGUGCCAUGGAAUUUGUUGCUGGAAUACCUGCUCGAGCAACAACAAGUCAAGGCAGCGCUCAAGCUAUUCAACGAGAUGAAGAAGCGCGCACAAUUCCCUAACGCGCAAACCUAUACAACCCUGUUCCGUGGUCUCGCCAAGUCGCAACACCCUAAAACCGCCGUCUUCGAGGCUGUAAAACAUUACAACGCCCUUUUCAAGGACAGUCGCCUCGAGCCGAACAGCACUCAUCUUAAUGCAGUGCUCAAUGUGUGCAACCGAGCAGGCGAUAUGGACUCCAUGUUCUCCAUUGUCGACACUCUCAAUGAGUCAACCCGAGCUCCAACUUCCUACACCUAUACUACCGUUCUCAAUGCUAUACGAUUCAACACACUCGAUGGCUUGGAAGAAUUGACACCUGAGCAGAAGGACUUCAAUCGCAAGAACGGUAUCCAGCGCGCCAAAGCUAUCUGGUCAGAAGUCAUGAGUAAAUGGAGGCAAGGACGCCUGAUCAUCGACGAGGAGCUCGUCUGCUCAAUGGGUCGAAUGAUGACCAUCUCAACCGACCUCAACGAGAAGAAAGAGGUUCUUGAUCUUAUUGAACAGACAAUGAACAUACCCAAUUUGUCCAAAGUCAAAGAAAUGUCAGCUGAGGAUGCUCGCAAGACAAAUCCUCACACAGGUCAAGUGGUUAAGAAGGAUAAAAACGGUGUCUUCACCAGUCCAGGGAACAAUACAUUGUCUCUGAUCUUGAAGGUUGUGUUGCAGACGAAGCUGAACAGCCUGGGCAUCAAAUACUGGAAUUUCAUUCUUCGCCAAUAUAAUCUCGAGCCCGACAGGGAUUGCUGGCUGCGUCUCUUUACUAUUCUCAGGCAAGCUAAAGCAAGUGGUCAUGCUACUGAGAUUCUGGACAUAAUUCCAGCGAGUAUCAUCAUCCCAAGCUUCUAUCGCAUAGCCCUUGAAACAUGUAUUCGUGAUAACAUUAACCCGAAUGUCAUCAAGAAUGCCGAUCGCGCUCUCGACAGCAUGAUGAAGCACCUAGAGGUGCCUGACGCUCAUGCCAUGCGCCUGUACCUCAACGCUUCUCAGUCUACACACUAUCAUCUGCGUGCUCGUGCUAGAGAAGGAGACGUGGCUGGUGCCAAACGUGCCUACGGCAUCCAGAUCACCGAUGCGCUUGAUCGUUUGUGGGUACCCUACCGCAAACUACACGAUCACUAUUUCAAACAAGUUAAGGCUGAGACGAAGGAGCAAAAGAAGGUUCUUUACAACGAUCAACGCGAGGUCAUUGCUCUCGCACGCAUUAUGUAUGGAUCAUUCAACAAGGUUCUUCAGCAGGAGAUGCUCCCUGAGGAAGUCCUCAAGAAAAUACGCCCUGUGGGGGGACGCAUCAACCGCGAGAUUCAGGCCUUCUAUGCCAACCGAGAGGAAAUGGAACCUAAUUUGCGCAAAACGAAGGGCCGUGGCACAGCCGAGGAAGAUAUGUCCGCAUACAAUGAGGCCAUGAAUAUGGUCAACUUUUGGGACACGACUCAAGCAGGAAAGCCCCGGUCCCCAAAACAGACAGACCAGGGGCGGUUGUAUCGUGAUAAUGGCCCAGGUAAUGGCUAUCGACACGACAAAGGCUCAAGUUCUGCACCAAGAUCUGCAAGACCUGCCUCCCUCUCGUUCGAAAUCUAUCAUAAAAAAAGUCAGCCGCCAACCCAAAGACGAAUACCAAAACAAGACCUGCGCAGGCUUCCAGACGGCACGCGGCCAGUGAGGCGACCCGUUUAUGGGGGUUAUCCAGGCCCCAAGCCUAACUUGAACGCCACUCGUGACGACAGGAGGCUUGGCUCUCGCGGCGACGGGAGAGCCCAUGAAAGGCCGAAGAUGAACUCUGGAGGUCGUGGUCCCAGCGACGACAGAAGGGAUAACGAAAGGUCAUAUAUGGAUUCCAGAGGUCGUGGCUCUCCCGGCCCUCGUGGCUUUGACAAACCGCGACGAUGA